AGUUUGCAAGUGCCAUCUGCACUGUGGGGGAACCAAUCUUCAACUUGCCUGCAUUUGGUAUUAGUAUUUUAUUAACUUUUCAUUGAUCCAAUUACAGCUCUUUGACACAAUUUUCAUCAGUGAUGGACUAAGUGUGAUCCGGCCUGACCCGCCUCCGGCCGCCGUGAGAAGGGGCAUGUGUCGGGCUACGCUCGGGCUUCCCCUGCAGCCCAUUGUGAUCCAUCCCGCUAGGUGCUCCCUGCCGCCCAUUGUGACGCCUGCCAGCCGCAGGCUGGGUCCCCGAGGCGGGCGGCAUUUAGGCUCGGUCUCCACAGCCAUGGCCGCGACGCAGGAGCUGCUGCUGCAGUUGCAGAAGGAUAACCGAGAUGGUCGCCAGCGGAAGCAGGAGCUAGAGAAGCUGAUGCGCGGGCUCGAGGCCGAGAGCGAGAGCCUCAAUCGGCGCCUGCAGGACCUGAGCGAGCGGGAGCGAAGCCUGCUGCGGAGGCGAAGCCAGGCAGCGCAGCCUCUGCAAGGGGAGGCGCGCGAGGCGGCGCGGGAGCGCGCGGAGCGGGUGCGCAGAAGGCUGGAGGAGGCGGAGCGCCACAAGGAGGACUUGGAGCAGCACAGCAGGCAGCUGCAGGAGCAGUGGGAGGAGCUGUCGAGUCAGCUCUUCUACUACGGACGGGAACCGCAGGACCAGAAGAGCACGGAGCAGCAACUCGCAGCCCAAUUGGUGACGCUGCAGAAUGAACUGGAGCUGGCGGAGACCAAAUGCGCCUUGCAGGAGGAGAAGCUGCAGCAGGGCGCGCUGCAGACAGCGGAGGCCUGGGCCAUAUUCCAGGAGCAGACCGUAGUCCUGCAGGAGGUGCAGGUGAAGGUGAUGGAGGCUGCGGAGGAGCUGGACGCCUGGCAGAGUGGCCGGGAACUGUGUGACGGGCAGCUUCGCGGAGUGCCGUACAGCACCGAGUCGCUCAUGGAGGAGAUGGCCAGGGCGGACCGAGAGAUGCGGCUGUUCGGCGGCCCUCGCGCGCUGGCCAUCAGGCGGUGCGUGCUGGGCGCGCUGCAGGUGCUGCUGACGCUGCCGCUCCUCUUCCUGGGGCUGUCGCUGCUCUGGACGGUGCUGUUGGACCCCGGCGCCGUCUCCGCUUGGCUCUGGAGCCUCACCUCGGAGACUACGCUGCGCCGCCUGCGCUACACGCUGUCCCCGCUGCUGGAGCUGCGCGCUAACGGGCUGCUGCCAACCUAAGUGCAGCGCCCCGCGCCUGGCUCCAGGUGGACUCCAGGGCACCUGGCUUUAUUUCUGGUGCACUCCUCUCCUGAGAGUGUAGACCAAGGUCGCCUAAUAAACUCCUCAAGGGAUGAA